UGCGUAAUAGUUGUGCGCAUGCGUACAGGGGUAGUUUUUAGCUGCAAUUCUGCAACGUAGCGUAACUUGCGUCCCACAUUGUUUUCGUCGAUAUUUAGACACAAAACAAGAAAAAAAGUAAUAUCGUCAUCUUGCAGCUUUCCUUACUCUAAAUUCUAUCAUGGCGUUAAAUGUCUGUUCACGGCUGUCGAGAAGUUUUGUCCGCGUUGUAGCGAGCAGAAGUGUCAUUCGACCACUGACGAGUUCAUGCUGGACACAUUUACGUUGCAUACAGCAUAUCCGCGUCAUUCGUUAUGAUGGUGCUUCUUCGUUACUAAAUUUCAGCACUUCUAGCCAGCCUUCAAUAGAUGUGUCAUAUGAGCAGCUGAAGAAACUGCUGGUGUCCCAAUCCGGAUUGGUUAUAGACGUCCGUGAGCCGUGGGAACUCAGAGAAUACGGGAGCAUACAGGGGUCUAUUAACGUUCCACUGGGACAGUUGAAUGGAGCUCUUCAGCUCAAACCUGAUGAAUUCAAGGAAAAAUACAGAGGGGAAAUGCCAUCACAAUCCCAAAAUAUAGUGUUCACCUGCCUAGCUGGUGUAAGAAGCAAAACUGCCCUGGAAACUGCAGUGUCAUUAGGAUACACCAAGGUUCAGCAUUUUCCAGGCGGAUGGCAAGAAUGGGCAGAACGUGAAUUAAUACAAACCAAAAAGUGAUUGUCCCAUUGUAGUCAUGUUAACAUUGUGAAAGAAGUUUGACUUGUACUGCAAUCUCCGAGUCAAAAUGUGCCACUAAGACUGUGUAAUUUACUGCUAUUGACUGGAAGUAAAGGAAAAGUGUGAUUACAUUAUAAACCAAGAUGCACUAUAGUAAAGUAUAUUGGGAUCAAUGCACAUUAUACUCUGAUAUUUCAUUUGACAUAUAGCCUACUGUAGUAUAGUUGGGAGGGGAAGUGCAGUGACCUGCAGUGUUUAUGGUACAAUUUCUGUUCUAAGGGCUGUCAGCUAUUUGCCUAAUAUGUAAACCUAAAUAUUUUGAGCAGGCAAUCCAAAUAUCAGGGCAAAAACAUUUAUCCAUUGAUUUUUGUUCAGUUUGCAUAUAAAGAGGAGUGUUGUAAUAUUGAAAGUUAAACUUUAAUGUUACAUUGUGUGUAUUGUGCUUAUUAAGUUUAAACAAACUCCUAACCUUAAGUAUUAAAAUUUAGGGUGUAACUCAUCCUUCAUUUGAAUAUCAUCAUAUACAGGAUAGAAUUGCCUGCAUUUUCUUCACCAAAUAUAAAAAUGUGAUGUAAACAUAAUUCAUGUAAUUUAGUGAGGUAAAACUACCAAGAAACACUUUAAUUGCUGGUUUAUGUGCAAUAUAGGCCUAUAUUUAUUUAGAAAGAAAUAACCCUUUUAUGCAGCAAGGCAGAUCAAAAAAUACAGUUAAUUCAUUCAGUAUGUUACAAAAGAUUUCUCGAAAUAAAUGCUGUUCUUUUGAGCUUUCUAUUCAUCAAAGAAUCUGGAAAACAUCGGAUCACGGUUUUAACAAAGAUAUUAAGCAGCACAACCAUUUUAACAAUAUUAAUAAAUGUUUUUUUGAGCAGCAAA